GUCAGUGGGACUAAUAAGGAGUAGGAUCCUGCGUGUGAUCCCAUUCUCACUUUUUUAUUUCCAAGUGAACUUUGGAAUAGCAUAUUACGAUAACAUGUGGUCACAAAACCCUUAAAGGAUUGUUUUUUUUUCUGUGAUUCGGAGGAAAGUUCCGCGGCAGAUGUUUCCAAGAAGUCUUUUCCUACCCUUGGUGGAGGACAUGACUAACCUCCUGAAAUGGACUGUCUUCCUAUGGAUUGUAAAUACCAUUCCUUUGAGCUGUGGAAUGGCAGUAAAUGAACGAAUUGAUCAUUCUUGUCCUCCCUUGAAGCUGGAGGAGAGCAGGUUUGCAUCAAGUAUGACUGAAACGCAUGAAUUCACAGGAUUUGAUCUAGCUGAGAAGUUCCUGUUAAGAAAAGUUGUCGAGGACAGAGCAAUGUUUCGCCUGGGCAGCAAGCCUCUCAUUAAGCUCACAGAAUUGGUUUUUCCGAAUGGACUGCCAAGUGAAUUCUCCAUUGUUGCCACAUUCCGGCUCCGGAAAACCACAAAGAAAGAUCGCUGGUAUCUCUGGCAGAUAUUUGAUCAGUCGGGGACCAGUCAGGUGUCUAUCGUAGUGGAUGGUGCCAAGAAAGUGGUGGAGUUCUCGUCCCUGGGCCUCCUGAAGAACAGCCUCCAUCACACCUUCAAGAGCCGCGACUUGCACGCCCUGUUCGACCGGCAGUGGCACACGCUCGGUGUGGCCGUGCAGACCAGCAUCGUGUCCAUCUUCCUGGACUGCAAGCUGAUCGAGCGGAGGCAGCUGGACGAGCGAGAUUCCACAGACAUGCGCGGGCGCACCCUCAUCACCACGCGUGUAGAGGACGGCAGGCCGGUGGACAUUGAACUGCAGCAAAUCUUAAUCUUCUGCGAUCCUCAACUGGCAGAGAUGGUAAACUGCUGCGAGGCCCCUGGGUCCACGUGUUCGCCCAAGGAGGUGCCGGCUGUUACGCGUCCUCCCACGGUCACGGGCUACCUUCCCAGAAUGCUCUCGCAGCCCAUGCUCCAGUCCGGCGACAGGUGCCAGUGCUCUGCGGAGAAGGGAGAUCCGGGCUUGCCAGGAUUGGCAGGACUUCCAGGACAAAAAGGAGAUAAAGGCGACAGGGGCGAGACUGGAGAGGAUGGAUACCCAGGAAACCCUGGCAUGAAGGGGGAUAAAGGUUCUCAAGGUUUCCCUGGUUUGGAUGGCUUGCCUGGGAGUAAGGGCGAGGUGGGGUCAGAUGGAGCGAAAGGAAGCGUUGGAGAAAAGGGGGAGAAGGGAGGCUUCGGGGAGCGUGGGAACGACGGCAUUCCUGGAAUAAAUGGAUUGAAAGGUGACCCAGGAGCUGCAGGUGCACCUGGCCUCAAAGGUGAAAAAGGGGACAUUGGCCCACCUGGUCCUGCAGCCUCAUUGACUGAAAUGAGAGGUCUGAAGGGAGAUCAGGGGUUACCGGGUCCUGCAGGGGAGAAGGGGGAGACCGGGGUGUCGGGUCAGCCUGGAACGCCGGGCAAGGAGGGCAAAAGGGGCCGUCGAGGAAAACCGGGAGAUCCAGGGAAGCCAGGGCCCCCAGGUCCCGCAGGGUCCGGCGAAGGGGCAGACACCAAGGGAGAUAAAGGUGACUCAGGAGCCUCAGGGGAGCCAGGAGUGAAAGGAGAAAAGGGUGAUGCGGGUCAGCCUGGUGAUGUGGGAGCCGGUGGCAUAAAGGGAGAGAAGGGUGAAGCUGGCCCAAGGGGACCACCUGGUCCUGUGAUGACAGCUCACGGUCUGAGGCACCUCGCUGGACCUGGGGAAGAGGGUGAAAAGGGGCAGAAAGGCGAGAAGGGAGAUCAGGGAGAAAGAGGAAUCCAAGGACCCCAAGGCUUGAAGGGCUCCAUGGGAUUGCCAGGUCCACAGGGCCUCCUGGGUCCAGAGGGCAAGGAGGGUCCAGCAGGCACUGUCGGACUCCCUGGUGUUCCCGGAGAAGUGGGCUCACCGGGGGAACCGGGAGAACGGGGGAAAGAAGGCCCCAAAGGAGAAAAGGGCGACGGCGGAGGAAUCAUCGGACCGCCGGGUCCUCCCGGACCCAAAGGUGAAGCCGGGGAGGACGGAUCUGGAGGUCCGGGUGGAGCAAUGACUGGACCAAGAGGAUCUCGUGGGCCUAAGGGUGAAAGAGGUGUCCCUGGGCUUCCUGGAGACCCAGGAGAAAAAGGUGAAACUGGAAUCGGCAUCAGAGGACCCACUGGUCCAAUAGGAGUGAAAGGGGAGCAGGGCUUUGAGGGUCCCAGAGGGCCCCCUGGGAUGUCUGGCCCCUCUGGUCCACCAGGAAGUGAGGGUCCCCCAGGUCGCGAUGGCAGGCCAGGCCCUCCUGGACCCCCUGGUGAACCGACUGCAUUACCAAUUGUUGGCGACAUGGGGGCUUUACUCAAGAAUGCCUGCAGCGUUUGCCAGACGCGGGUGCCAGGGCUGCCCGGCCAGAAGGGUGAGAAGGGUUCUCCCGGGCUGACCGGUGUCCAGGGCAUGGAGGGCGAGAAGGGCGAUCAGGGUCUUCGAGGUCCAGUUGGUCAUCCAGGGAUAGAGGGCCCCAAGGGAGUGAAGGGAGAGCGCGGAUUCCCGGGGCCAAUGGGCGACAAAGGAGACGAGGGGCCCCCAGGUGUACCUGGAUUCCCUGGUGCUACCGGCCACACUGGUGCUCCCGGUCCAGUUGGAAGAUCUGGCCCUGUUGGCCCACCGGGGGCAAAGGGUGAAAGAGGCAAUGAAGGAACCCCUGGCAGGCCCGGUCUCCCAGGCCCUCCGGGCGUUCCCUAUGUGGAGGGCAAAGGGAUGAGCAGUCUGUACAAACUACAGAGUGGGGGAGCCAGCAUUGGACAACCUGGACCGCCAGGUCCCCCUGGGCCCAAAGGAGAUGAGGGAAGAGUGGGGGAGCCGGGUGCCAUGGGAUUGCCGGGGCUCGAGGGACUGCCUGGUGCCAAGGGGGAUCCGGGCAUGCCAGGCCCUCCAGGGACUCCCGGCCCUGGGGGGAAGCCAGGGCCGCGUGGAGAGCCGGGGAUCCCAGGCGAGCCGGGUGAACGAGGGCCAAUAGGAGAAACAGGAUUCCCAGGACCGGAGGGACCCCAUGGUGCUCCUGGGAGGCCUGGGAAAGAUGGCAUUCCUGGAUACGAGGGUGCCACAGGUAGAACCGGGGACCGCGGCUCCAAAGGCGAACGUGGCGAUCCAGGAAUCCCCGGUGAGCGGGGUGUGCAGGGGGAGAGGGGGCGGACCGGAGAGCCAGGUACCCCAGGACAGAGGGGGCCCGGCGGACUCCAAGGACACAGGGGAGAUCCAGGUCCACCAGGACCCGCCGGUACCCCAGGACUCCCAGGGUUUCUGGGUGAUCCUGCAUCCAUGGAGGAAGUUAGAAGAUAUAUUCAAAAUGAAGUAGUGAGGAUUGUCGAAGAGAGGCUGGCAAGCUAUGCACAGCUGCAGAAGACACCGGCGGCCAUUUUGGCUGCGCAGGUGCGGCAGGGGCCUCCAGGCCCCCCAGGCAACGACGGCUCCCCGGGGCCGCCAGGCCAGCCUGGGCCCCCAGGCCCUCAGGGUUACCGGGGUCAGAAAGGUGAACGAGGUCAGAUGGGUUUGGGUCUCCAUGGAUCUCCAGGACCGAUUGGGCCACAAGGUGUUCCAGGAGAGGGCCGCCAGGGGCCACCGGGUCCCCGGGGAGAGGAGGGCCCAGCUGGCAGAUGUGACCCCAGCGACUGCCAAGCGGCCCACUCCCGACGGCACGGCUAGCCCGCUCUCUCUCACCACCACCAGAGAUCGGCCCCCCUCCAGAAUCUCACAGGGCAGCAGUCCGAUCUAUCCCAGGAUUUUUUUGACAAGACAUUUUCUUGACUCCAAUUUUCUUGGAGGGGGGAGUGGGGGUGGGAGU